AUGCGCGACGAAAACGACGUUACUCUCACUACGGAAAGUGAUGAAAAGAACGAGAUCCUUGAUGUUCCUCAAGAACCCCAUUUCGGCGCAUGUUUAGUCAUAGGUGGCUGCGGUUUCCUCGGCCACCAUAUCGUCAAGUUUCUCCUCAACGAGCCGACCGUUACCUCUGUCGCCGUUUUGUCCCGCUCGCCCUUCACUAACCGUUAUGACAAUGUCAGCUACUACAUCUGCGACAUAACCAAGUCUGACCAGGUUCGACAUGUCCUUCAACAAGUCAGACCCAAGGUCAUCUUCAACACGGCGUCUCCCCAUGCUUACAUUGAUCAUGAACAUGUGCUGGAUAACUUCUAUGUCAACGUUGAUGGCAACAGAAAUCUACUUGAUGCAGCAGCAGAGGUAGGGACGGUAAAGGCUUAUGUCUACACCAGUUCGGGUCCCAUUGUUGCCUCCAGAGGUGGAGGCUACGAUCAUGCCGAUGAAACAAAGGAAACAUUGGCAGUAUCGAGAAAAGGGGAUCCUUACCACGUGGCGAAAGCUCUCGGAGACCAGAUGACCCUUCAAGCAAAUGGAAAGCAUGGCUUCUAUACUGCAACUAUCCGCCCCACGGCCCUGUAUGGAGAAGGUGAUUUCCAGUUCGUGGUGCCAGUUAUAGGAGCUCUCGAGGAUGGACAAACCAAUAUCUGGAUGGGAUAUAACGAUAUCAAUAUGGAUGUAGUAUAUGUUGGUCACGUUGCAAAGGCCGAGAUGCUUGCUGCCCGUGGCCUGCUUCUUCGCCAUGUCAGUUCCUCCGGUCCUAAGAUUGAUGGAGAGGCCUUCAACAUCACUGAUGGCGAGCCUUGUGUUCCCUGGACCUUCUUUCGAAAAUACUGGAUUCUCGCUGGAGACACUACUCCUCUCAGCAGCAUUUGGAUGAUCCCACCAACGAUUGUGAUGGGCAUGGCUUACUUUGCUGAAUGGUUUGUUUGGGCUACGACCUGGGGCAAGCUGCGGCCCCAGAUGUUGAAGGUCGAGCGUAUGGAGUUUGUCCUGUUGACUCGCACCUACAACAUUGACAAGGCCCGCAAGAUCCUUGGAUUCAAGGCUUGGGAAGACCAACCACAUGCAAACCAAGAAGAAGCUAUUAAGGCUUCAGUUGACUGGUUCUUGGGUCCAGAUGUCCAUGGUCCUGCAAAGUUACCUGGCAUGUCUUACUUUCCCGAAUUCCCCUUCCAACUCAUAUCCGAGACGGGGGCCAAGACCAAGGCAGGAAUUCCCCAGACGCACUAUUGUGUUAGGAACGCGCAGAUAAUGGCAUUGAUUCUUGAAAUUUUCGUGAAAAGCGAACUCGCUAACUCCCAGACAGCACACAACACAAUCUUCCGGGCCUUGAAUUCCAUCUACUACCAGGCUUUGAAGAUACUCCCCGGAUCGCCAGAGAUUGCCGACUUCUUGACCUACUGCUCAAUCGUCUUCGAGUUUAUGCAUCAUCACAACCUCAGCGAGGAGCACCACUUCUUCCCUGCAAUCCAAAAGCACACUGGAAACAGCGAACUGAUGCAAGUGAACCUACAACAGCACCGCAAAAUCGAUGAUGCAUUUGAACCGCUGCAGAAGUAUGCCGAGCUUGUUUCAAGGGACGAAUAUGAUGGUCAUAAGCUCCGUUUCUUGAUUGACAAGUUUGCGCCGAUUUAUCAGGAGCAUAUGAAGGCUGAGAUCGAUACCAUUCUUGACCUGCAUGACAAGAUCGACUCUGUGAGCUUGAUGAAAAUCGAUAAAAACAUGCGCGAUACGGCCGAGAACUAUAGCGAUAUCUUCAAGGCUGCUCCUCUGUACCUUGGCUGCCAAGAUAAAAACUUCACAGUGGAUGGCGAGAAGAUUCCUUUCCCCGAAGUUUCGUUCUUGGCCGCGUACUUUGUCGACUUGGUUUUAUCCCCUCGUCACAAAGGCGCUUGGCGUUUCAAUCCUAGCACCCAGUAUGGCACUCCUCGCAAGCCUUUCGAGGCCGUUCGUCCCCAGCGGAAGAAUGAUUCGUUAUCAGCCUGGACGUCACCUGGCAAGAAGGUAUGGCAGAACCAGACCAUCUUCGGCGUCAUUAUGUUUGCUAUCAUGUUGGCAUAUUGGGCUGCUCGUUUGCUUGUUUGA